GUUUUCGAGACGGCUUCUUCCAGACCAGGAUGUUCGGGAAGCUGUUUGCAGCGCUAGCAGUAGUGGCGCUUGCGCAGUACGCGAGAGCCGCCGACGUGAAUUGCGACGACAUACGCGUCAGCUGUCUGCAGAUAGACCCCAAAGUGUGCAGUGCGCGCGGUGGCGUCUUCAUACCCAGGGGCGGUUUCUGCGGCUUCUGCGACAUCUGCCCCAAAUACGUCGGUGUGGGGCAGUCUUGCAAAGAUGACGACCCGUAUCUGCCACCAACGCCCACGUGCAAAGAGCCCUUGAUCUGCGACCCAGCCAGCAAGAAAUGCGUGGCAGCGCCUGCAGGUGGCAAUUAAAGUGACUACACGGCGCAUCUCAGCUCUACGGUUAUUGUGCCUGAAGCAGCAUUGCAUACCAAGGUGGUGUCAUCAUCGAACUGCCAUUCUGCAUUUUUACACUGAAGCUAAAGAGAAUCAACACUUAAAAUUAAAUAAAUUAAAUUAAACACUUAAAAUUAAAUUACCCUAGGUCAAAUCAUAAACAUGUUAUUAAUUUGUGUUAUAGAAAUUCAACACAUGUUGCUGAAUGAGUGUAGAGUAUACUGCUAAAGGAAACAGUCUACUUAUUACAUGCCAAGAGAGGUCAAAUUCCACCAAUUUUCGCUUUAAAAAUAA